AUGCGCAUAGCAACAUCCUAUUUGCGCAGGCAUACUAUGUGUGCCGUGCAUGCGCGUAGUAACAUCCCGCUCGCGCAAGCGCAUAACGGCAAACUGCCGCGCAUGCGCAUAGCAACAUCCCAUAUGCGCAGUCAUACUAUAAUGAGUGCCGCGCGUAGUAACAUCCCGCUCGCACAUGCGCAUAACGGCAAACUGCCGCGCAUGCACAUAGCAACACCAUACCUGCGCAGGCGCAAUACUAAAACAAACUGA